UUUUUCUUUUUCUUUUUUUUUUUCUCCUUUUCUUUAUUGAGCAAUAAUGCUUUUACGGACAGGUUUAGUAUUAUCUACUCUCUCAUUGCUUUUUACUUUGGUAAAUGCAAGUGGCAAAAUAGUUCAAAUUGUAGAUGCUACAGAUUUCUGUGUUUUUCUUCCCCCUAAUGAUGCCACUGAUCGAAAUAUAUCUGACAGCGAAUCAGAUGCUGAUGCAUUCUGUAUGGGAAAUACACCUCUUGCCACUGGUGCUGACAAACUACCCUCUGGUUUCAUUUUGUCUGCCCAUUAUGUAAAGACAGAUAACUAUGUGCAGGUCACAGGUCAGAUCGAUCCUUCCAAAGCCAAUUUACUGAGCACAGACGAUGGUGGACAGUAUGACAUUAAGGCGCCUAAUGGUGCCUCCUGUGCUGGAUGGGAUUACUUUGUCGAAUUGAUCGAACCUACCGGAAAAGAUUACUGUAUCCGUUGCUGUAAUAACGAUAAAGACUGUAACCGUGGUAUUUCCGAAGCUGGAUGUGCACGUAUUGUCCCUGGUGAUUACAGUGGCCCCCUUGACGGCUCCGGUGCAGGUAUCUCUUCUGCUGGCUCAGCUGCCCCUUCAUCUUCUUCUAUCGCUCCCUCAUCUUCUGCUGCUAUUUCAUCCACGCCUGCUGUUGUUUCGACUUCAACAGUCUCUGCUUCGGCAAGUAUCUCUUCUGUCUCUUUGCCAACUACAACCAGUAUUGCCCCAGCGUCCACUCCUAACGCUGCUGUUUCAUCUUCUCAACAAGGCAAUAGUCCAGCCCCAUCAGCACAAGGAACAGCGAUUACUCAAUCAGUCAAUAGUGCUUCUUUAGCUAAGCCUGCUUCCCUUGUUGCAGCUGUUUGUCUCUUAAUUAGCAUCACAGUGAUGUAAGAUGAUUACAUGCCGUGAUUGGCGCAAAGGGUUCUAUCCGUUAUUUAUAAUAUUGUUAAUAAAGUAUGAAUGACCAUUUUUUAUAAUCGUGCAUCGAUGGAUAUGAUUCACUGUACCAAAUCUUUUCAUAAAUUACAAAUAAAAAAGAGAAUAAGCCAGCGUAAUACAC